GCGGGCAGAAGAAGGAUUUCCAGCAGGCAGAACACUGCAGUACAUGCGAUCGUACAACUGCCUCUCCUCUGCCAACGAUUUUCAUCAACAGCGGCGACGACACAGAACGAAACCCCGGUGUGUUCGGUGUGUUCGGGGCCGGAGCAGAGCGGGCUCGGAUUCGUGAGGCCGUGUCCGGGAGGCCGUGGCUGACGGCACAGUGUGUGGUGUGUUCAGAAGGACUUCAAAGACUGGACAAUAGAACCACUUCAACUCCACGUCGCAGCCGAACAGUUUUUCCAAUCACCAACAUCACAGCCAAGUCCAAGGUGCAGGUGGAGUGAAGCUGAGGCUGAUCUCAGGUCAGAACAGACCCGUCACCAUGGAUGUGGAUGAAGAGGAGAAUAUGAGUUCGAGCAGCACCGACGUUAAGGAAAACCGAAACCUGGACAACGUGUCCUGCAAAGAUGGGGUGGAACAGCUCCCCAAUGGAAGCGGCCUGGGCAGUCGAAAGCGCCCCCUAGAGGAGGGAAACAAUGGUCACACACACUCCAAGUUCCGGGCCAAAAAGCGCAAGAAAACUUCAGGGCCAGUCCUGCCUAAAAACGCCCUGAUGCAGUUGAAUGAAAUCAAGCCAGGUCUCCAGUACAAACUGCUGUCUCAGACUGGACCAGUCCAUGCACCAGUGUUUGUGAUGACGGUGGAGGUCAACGGACAGAUGUUUGAAGGCAUGGGGCCCACCAAGAAGAAGGCUAAACUGAAUGCUGCAGAGAAGGCGCUGCGUUCCUUUGUCCAGUUCCCCAAUGCUUCUGAGGCACACCUGGCAAUGGGUAGAACGCUGACGGUGAACACAGACUUUACAUCAGACCAAGCUGACUUCCCAGACAUGCUCUUCAAUGGCUUUGAGACUCCAUCCAUACCUGAGGAGUCCUUUUACCUGGGCUCCAAUGGUAGCAGCUCUUUAAACUCAUUAGGGGAGUACCCUUUGCCCACAGCACCUGGCAGUAACCUUGUUCAGGCCCCGUUGCCCCCUCCAUCAGCAUUCAGCUCCCCCUCCAGUGGCAAAAACCCCGUCAUGAUUCUCAAUGAGCUCAGGCCAGGUCUCAAAUAUGACUUUGUGUCAGAGAGCGGGGAAAGUCAUGCCAAGAAUUUUGUGAUGUCAGUGACAGUGGAUUCACAGACUUUUGAAGGCUCAGGGCGCAACAAGAAGCUGGCAAAAGCCCGGGCAGCACAGGCCGCUCUGUCUGCUCUGUUCAACAUGCAGCUAGACCAGACGCCAUCCCGCCAACCCAUACCACGAGAGGGACUACAGCUUCACCUACCCCAGGUCCUGGCCGAUGCCGUGUCUCGCCUGGUGGUGGAUAAGUUCAGUGAGCUGACAGACAACUUCACCUCCCCCCACGCCCGGCGGAAAGUCCUCGCCGGGGUCGUCAUGACAACAGGGACAGAUGUGAAGGAGGCCCAGGUCAUUUGUGUCUCUACAGGAACCAAAUGCAUCAACGGUGAGUAUAUGAGCGACCGUGGCCUGGCGCUCAACGACUGCCACGCUGAGAUCAUCGCCCGCCGCUCCCUCAUCAGAUACCUGUACACUCAGCUCGAGUUCUUCCUCAGCAACAACAAGGAGGAGCACCAGAAGUCAAUAUUUGUGCUGUGUGAUAAGGGGGGAUACAGGUUAAAGGACAACGUUCAGUUCCACCUGUACAUCAGCACCUCCCCCUGUGGAGAUGCCAGGAUCUUCUCCCCACAUGAAGCAGGAGUGGAAGACCAAGGAGACAGACAUCCGAACCGGAAGGCCAGGGGUCAACUGAGGACCAAGAUUGAAUCUGGGGAGGGGACCAUCCCUGUCAGGUCCAGUAACACCAUCCAGACGUGGGACGGCGUCCUGCAGGGGGAGCGUCUACUCACCAUGUCUUGCAGCGACAAGAUCGCCAGGUGGAAUGUGGUGGGCAUCCAGGGCUCUUUGAUGAGCUACUUUACUGAGCCCAUCUACUUCUCCAGCAUCAUUCUGGGUAGCCUGUACCAUGCCGACCACCUGUCCAGAGCCAUGUACCAGCGCAUCGCAGAUAUCGAAGAUCUGCCCCAGCAGUUCACCCUCAACAGGCCUCUGCUCAGCGGUAUCAGUAAUGCCGAGGCCCGGCAGCCGGGAAAAGCACCCAACUUCAGUGUCAACUGGACAGCGGGUGACCAGGCUCUGGAGGUUAUCAACGCAACCACGGGCAAGGACGACAUGGGUCGAGCUUCACGCCUAUGCAAGCACGCCCUCUACAGUCGCUGGGUGCGCCUACAUGCCAAGCUCUCAUCCAUCUUACGGACCAAGGUUCCCAAGCCCAGCUCGUACCACGAAGCCAAGCAGGCGACCACUGAGUACCACUCGGCCAAGCAGGCGCUCAUCAAGGCCUUCCACAAGGCUGGCCUUGGAGCCUGGGUCAAAAAGCCCAUAGAGCAAGACCAGUUCACCCUGAGCUCCUGAGACGGAGUCCAGGGACUGAGGAAGUCCUCCAAACCCCCCAGUCCUUUACCCCUGACCCAGGCCUCCUCAAUCAAAGAAGGAAAGAAAGAGCGUCCCCUAUCAACAACAGCAACCAGCCGCAGACAGACACUUACCUCCGUCCCGAGUGUCGACAUGUGUGCACUUUGUAACUGUCAAAAUAAAUGUGCGUAGUUUCACAAACCAUCCAUAAAACCAUCACUCAUUCCUCAGAAAACCUCAGUCUCAUUAUGUCUGGUCUCAUAAUGUUUGCUCUUAUUUUUAUUCUGACUGUUGGUGUUUGUCAUUUAAUUGUCUUUUAUUUUUAAACUGGAGUAAGUUGUUUUGUGUUUGUUCUUGUUUCCUGGAGAAAACAUGUUUUUAUGCCACACAAGUAGAUAUUGUAAAGUCUAUCUGUCUUAUUGAAUCAUAGGUGUAGCCAGUUUCAGGUAACAUGUAGCCUAGAGAAGCAAUGUGGUAAAUAUGGAUCUAAAAAUGUACUUGGUAAUAAUAAUGAAAAAUUUAUUUAAAUACAUAUGAAUCUUAAAGAUGUAAAUCUAGUUCCAAGGAGAAACAGUACAUAAAGUAGUUGUAGCCUUUAAUGUGUGUUAUUUGGUUGAAUCUUUGAUGAGACUUCAUGGUCUUAGACCCUGGAUUAAAGUUACGAAUGUGGCUAAACCCCGUGGCCCUGUUUUAUUCCCUCACUGGAAACAAUAUUGGACCAUUUUCUCACAGCAGACGUUUUCCUCUGACUAUCACCUCAAGGUGUUUAAUGUCAUACUGCUAUGGCUGUGUUCAAUUUAUAGAAAUGUAGGAAGGAUUAUUUCACCCCGUAUGAAGUGAUCAGCAACUUAACAGACAACGUUUAGUGAAUUUGAAUCUUUAAUACCCAUUCACCACAUCUUGACAAGAGCUGAUAUUAUUAGCUAAUUAACAACAAAUUGAUCAUGAAAAUUACUUUACAACACUAUCUGAUAUUAAUAUUUUUCGCAGGAAAAUGGUUGAGUGCUAAGGUAUUGUCUAGCGCUUGUUAAUGACUAUUAAAUAUAUUUUAUUACCUAAGUAUAGUUACGUACAUACCACACAAAAUGUUAGACCAUUGAUCAUUAGCUAGUCGUAAAAAAGGUGCUAGCGUUACUCAACCAUUUCCUUUCUAAUACAACUAAUGUUAGAAUAUGUUAAUUUAUCAGAAAUGAGUUACCCGUUCCAUAUUAUAUCUUGAAACACUAGCAAGGAAAAUGCUGAGUGUUAAUGUUAGCUGUUGUCUGAUGUUAGUUCAUUGGUCUCUCCUUGGUCACCUGGUUCUCCCCACGACACCUGGAUUAUCUCCACCUGGGGUCUUCGCAGUCCCUAGUCAAUCUGGAAGAGGAGAAAUGAUAAAGAUUUGUCAGAUUUCCUACAUGAGUUCUAAUGUGAACAUUGUAUCUUCACACCCUGAGAGUGACAUGCCAGAAACAAGUCAUGGUGAGAAUAUGCUCCAUAGAACCUGUCACAGAUUUUUUGGUUGAUUUUGUUAUCAUUUUCAUUUAUUCACACAUACACUCAAUCUUGUGUCAUCCUCAUUUCAUACUUGAAAAUGGGGGUCGGGGGGUGCUGAGUUCCCCCGACCCCCCCUUCGCCUGGGUCUUGGGACAAGUUUUGGGAGGUGCUGCACGUUGUAUUUUAAUUUUUUGAUUUUGUUUCUUGAUCUAAGCCAUGGCUUUGCAUGGGAACUUAAAACUUGGGAAGCCUGCAGAGCAGAAGACGCCGCGGUGCGUCCUUCAACUGAAUGAUUCUGAAUGAAUGCCAGCAUCUUCCUCCACAGGCAGCUUUCAAUCUUUGUCUCUAUUUUCUAGAUUUCUUGUUGUGAUGAUUUGUUUUCGGGGGGAGGGGAGGGAGGGACCAGGGCACUUUUUUGUGUUCCUGAGAUUAGGCGUUUGAGAAUACUUGGAAAAUACUGCAAUGAAAAAAGUGACAGUAGAACCAGACUUCAUAGACACUGAAAACUAUGUCACUGUGUGGCAAGGAUUCAUGACAGCAGCCCAGCAUGAUCCAUGUAGUUUAGUUCUACACAGCAUCUGAACUCACACAGGACUGUAGAUGUAGACGUGGAAAACAUCCACUGAGCAGUGACAGGACCGUUACGAUCCAGUGGGAGUUGGACUUGAGAAACAUGUUAGUUCCAACCUAACCUUCCAUCCUCACACUCUGAUGUUGCAACAUGUCCUCAAUCUGUGGUUUAAAUG